AUGCCGGGAACCCAAACAGCUCCACGAAAGGCGCCCGCAGGCCGCCACCCCCACGAGCCCGCUCACAGUGCCACGCGCCAGCCGCGACGUGGUUCCACAGGGCGCCGGCGCAGUAGAGCGACGGCUGGAAUUUUCAAAAUUCGGACUAGACUCCACUUGCUACCUUCCUUUGGGAGAUCUCUACCAAGGGAGCUUUCAACAAGAUUGUGGAAAAGAGAAGACACGUGCCUACCCCAUUGCUUUGGGACCCAUAUGUUCUUACAACCACAGAGAUGGCAACCUGACAGUACUAAUUUUUAUCCUGGGACAGGGCUGGCACCGUACAGAUGUACUGGCAGCUUAGCCCCCACCAACAGAGUCUUGGACAAGUCGAUGAUUGAGAAUAAAGAACAGUUCAAACUGGUCUACAAGUUUCCAGGAAUUAAAUAUUGUAGAAUAUUUUCAAGAAUGAAGUUGCUACAGACUGCUAUAACCAUAGUCAUCCUCCCGCCUGUCUAUCACCUCUAUCUGCAGGAACAAGUUUCUCAGGCUUUUGUGUUGUAUGUCACUGGCAUUGCUUGCUUUGCUGCUUCAAUGCUGUAUGGUAUAAGUUAUUUUCUCAGACGAAUGAUUGGACUGAUUUACUUAAAUGAAGCUGGCACCAUGGUAAAAGUGGCACACUUGACAUUUUGGGGAAGAAAGAAAGAAAUUUAUUGUCCAGUUGAAAGUGUGAUGACCUUGGAUGACACUGGAGAUGCCAAGAAUGAAGUUCUGCUCCAGUUUAAACAGCAUAAUAGUACACAGGUUUUAUAUUUUACUCUAACAUUUGGCCAUAUUGUGGAUAAACAGAGGUUUGCCCAAAUAUUUGGAGUAUUUUAGUAACUCAUUAGAUGCAAUGACCAACAUUUUCCAAGAGUCUAGCUUGUUUAAUGUUUUCUAUUGCUCUUCAUGCUGAAUUCAUCACAUCCAUAGCUUAAUAGAUUUGUAAGCACUCAAAUACAAAACCUCUAUGAGCAAAUAUGCAAACCUGUGUUUGGAUAAAGGGGAUACAGUGAUGUAGCAACCCACUAGAUAGAUGUUCCUGUACAACUAGUUUCAGAUGAAAGCGGAAUCUUAUCCUACACACAACCAUCAUGUAAAGAAAUAUAGUUUAAUACUCAUGUCUGAUGGUAACUUACACAGUUGAAAUCUUAAUUGUUUCAC